AUGAUUGUCUUCCUUCCUCUGUUGGCAUUUGAAGUAACCAUUCUUGCUGACAAUUUCAGAAUGUGCAAGGCCGUAUUACCUAGAGAUGAUGAAAGUGUGAGUGAUGAUGCAAUAUGGGAGACACUUCCUCAUUUCUGGGUUGCUAUAUCCAUGGUUUUCUUCAUUGCUGCCACUGUCUUCACCCACCUGAAGUUAUGUGGUUUUGUAGAUGCUUUAGGCUGGUGGGACCUACUCAUUGAUUUUGGGUAUAUUUCUUUUGACAGUUUUUUUCCAUCUUUCCUUUACUAUAGGUUUACCAUGAGUCAGACAAGAGGAGAACCAAUCAAUAGUAGUCCUGCAUUUGAGAAUAUAAGUGCAGGUGCUUCACUUGUUGUUGUGGAUGUUAUCAGAAAAGGUGUAGCUGCAUAA